GAAAAAUGGGAAAAUCUUUGCUAAGUUUAUUUGUUAUCCUCCUUUCGUUUGAUUCUAUAAACUCUUAUUUGAUGCCUCCUCUCUUCAGAAAAUUCAAUGUCCAAAUAGUAAAUCAACUUGAGUUUCACAAGAUACUGAAAGUUCAUUGCAAGAGCAAAUCUCACAAUUUCCCAAUCACAUAUCUUAAAAUUGGUGAAAGUUUUCAGUUUAAAUUUAAAAUUUAUCCAAAAACUCAGUAUUGGUGUAAUUUAUGGCAGGGACCAAAUUACAAACACCAUGUGGUUUUUGAUGCGUUUCGUCCAGACAAAGAUUUUAUAGAUGGUACAUGUACUGGUAUGCAUCCUAAUGUAUGUAGAUGGACUGCAAAAGAAGAAGGAGUCUAUGUCCGCAACAAAAAGUUCGAAGGAGAAUAUUUCAUGUAUACAUGGGAUGGUCCAUCAAAACUUGGAAACAUCUCUCCAGUGUCUGCACCUACAAGUGAAUCAGAAUUGGACUCAUCAGUCUAA